ACCUUAAUUUUACGGUGUUAUCAAACUUACCUGUUCGUACAAAAUGCGUCCAGACGAACACAAGAAACGUAAAAAUGAUCUUUAUAAGAAAAAACACGGUAUAAAGAAGGAUACUUCCGAAAAAAAGAAAACUUGGUCGAAUGAAAAAACACCAAAUAAUGGUGCAGAGUCAAGCAAGGAAUCGAAUGUUACAAAACCAAACAAUGAGCCAAAAGCCUCACACAGUGAUGAAGACAGUAAAAGUGAGGAUGAAAUUAGAAAGUUUAGUCGCAGAAAGAUUGAGAGUAAUUGGAGUAGAUAUGACGAAAUAUUGUCCGAUGAAGAGGAAAUACCUAUGCAAAGGGGAGAGGACUUCAACAAACUAUUUGCACAAGCAGCAGGCGGGUCAGCGGCUCUGUUCCGGUUUAAGGGCGAGGAAGACUGGGCCAGUGUAGAAGGGGAGGCAACUGACAACCUUAUGGCAUUGGAUCUCCAAGAUUUGGCACAGGCCUUGGACUGCGUUCCACUCCAGGAGAGACUUGGUCUCAAUCAGGAUUUGUUUUCAGAUGAACAAUUGGCGGAAAUGAGAACCUUUGCUGAGCGAUCCAAAGACAAAUAUGAUAAACUUAGCGAACAAUCCACUGUUCCUAAAAUAGAAUCGGUUACAAAGAAGAAAUCUUUUGCAGAUGAACAAUCAUCUAGAAAACAGCACAAAGAUGUCUCACCUGUGACUGUGGACUUGGCACCAAAUUACAAUGCCAGUAAUAAGAAAACGAAAGAAAUUUUAGAUUUGGAGCAAGACAUAGAUGCGUUACUAAAUGACAAUGAAGACUCAAAGACAGUUACAUGUAAUAGUGAAAAAAUAAGUACUGGAUUAGAAGAAACUGUGCAGAAAACUUCUGUACCGAAUGGACAGAUAUCAUCACAGAAAACAGGUAAUGACCCGGCGCCCAGUAAAAACUUGGAAGAUUGGCUAGAUGAUUUUCUUGACAAUUGAACGCGAGAUGCCGUAACACUUUGGACUUUAAUUCCAUACAACUGAUUUAGACAUCAUUUGGACAAUUCUGCAAGGAAUUAAGUUUUUUGUGCGUAAUCAUCAUUUCUCAUGUGUCACACUUUUUCAUUUAAUGUGCAAUCAUGCUUUUUUUAACCCUUUACCACUAAGAAAAUUUAAUUAAAGACCUUUCUUAAUUCAAGUUUAGUCUUUAUUUCCAAUCCUUAGAUACUGAUGAACAGCAAACAGCAUAAAACCUGAACAGACUGCGAGUUACUUACAGGCUGUUCUGGUUUUAUGCUAUUUGCACAUAGCCAUGUGUACUUUGCUUCCGAGUGGGAAAGGGUUAUUCAAGCCAAUUUUAUUAUACUUACAUUCGGCAGUCAGAAGCAUUAAAUACUUGCAUCAUUCUAUGCAGAUGUUUUCCAUAUGCCACCUUAAUAAGAAUAGGAAAUAAAUUCUGGUAGCAUUGACUAUAAAGUUGUUUUGAGUUUCUCAAACUUAUCAUCAUUUAUUGUCCACUACCGGUGAAACCGGAGGGGACUUAUGGUUUUCACUCUGUCUGUCACACUUUUCUGGAUCCUGCGAUAAUUUAAAAAGUUCUUCAUAUUUUUUCAUGAAACAUGGACAGAUGGCAAUAUGGAGAUUAUGCACGUCAAUUCCUUUUGUUCCUAUGUCAAGAAUUCUGGUUUCUACGACAACAAAUAUAUAAAAAAAUACUGACAAUGGUGGAGUCUCAAUGGUAAGGGACCAUAUUGCUUUGCAAUCUUUUGUUUAUUACUAAUUUCCAUUAAGAAAACAUUAAAUAUGUAUUUACAAACAGAUUAAUGAGGCACGAGUUCUUUCCGUCCCAAGUUCUUUAUUUGACACCUUUUCAAGGGGAGGGUUCUUGCGGCUCCUGUUUCUAAAUCUUUUGAAAUAAAAUGUAUCCUGCAUUAUUUUCUGGAAUAUGUCUAGAUUUUUUCCAUGCACAAUUAAGUAAAGUAUACUUCAGAAUGCUUAUUUCUUCAUUUGCAGGAGUGCAACAUACUCAUAUUGAGUAUGUGUGAGCGCCUUUUGUUGUUUGUUCGUCAUGAAUCACAAACAUUUGCCUUAUGUACAUUUUAGAGGCCGCAUUUAGUACCAAUCUUAAUCAAACUUGGUCAAGACAUUCGUCUUAAUUAUACCUUGGCCAAGUUCACAAAUGGCUUACAUGGUUCAAAAACUAGGUCACAGAAUCAAAUUCAAGAAAAAUGCUUGAAAACACUCUUAGACACCUUAUUUAUUGUCCAAUCUUCAUGAAAGUUUGUCAAAACAUGUGUUCAAAUGAUAUCAAAGAGAUGUUUGAAACUGGAUCAUGUGGGGUCAAAAUCUAUGUCAUUUUUUUGUUAAAAAGCUUACGAGGACUCAUUUGCAACAUUUAUUGCAAAAUCUCAUGUUAAACCUGCUCAGACUAUACUUAUGCCACAUAAUUAAAUUGGUCAUGUCAAAAACUAAUGCACCUAGCCAAAUAAUGAGAAUUGCUUGUUAAAACUUAUUAGGCAACAUCUUCUGCCCAAUUUCUAUGAAACUGGGUUAACAUGUUUGAGCCAGUAAUGUUCGAUAUGCGAUGGAAACUGGGUCAUAUAGAGUUGAUAAUUAGGUCAAUAUGUCAGAUUAUUACUUUUACUUGAACAUUUAACCCUUUACCACUUAUAUACAUAUUUUGAUGCAUUUGUAGUCCCUUCGAAAAUUCAAUCUAGAGACCUUUCUUACUAGAUUCUAACUUGAAAGCUUCAUUUCCAAACCUUAGAUACUGAAGAGCAGCAAACCGCAUAAAUCCUGAACAGACUGCGAGUUACUCUGGUUUUAUGAUGUUUGCACAUAGCCAUUUUCACUUUGCUUCCAAGUCUGAAAGGGUUACUUGUAAUCAAUGACAUGUUUGAUUAGGCAAAAAUUUAAGUUUUGAUCCAUGUUAAUGGGAGUUAUCUUGCAAUCUGUCUGUAGUCUAUGACCUUUAAUUGCUUUUGUUAAAAUUCUGUAUUAUUUGAAUUAAACAAUUACAUGUA